GUCGGUGAUCCCCGGGUUACCCGUUAAUAUCCCGACUUUUCGUUCAUCACAUUUGGAUGUUUUUCCGGUCUCGUCGUGAGCCGGAGAGCUGCUGCAGGUCCCCGCCGUUGAGGCGCCCCUCCUCCGGCCUGCAGGAGCAGCAGCGGCCGAUGUCUGGAGCUCUGGAUGCGAACUCACGGAGAUAAAUCGGCGCUUUAAUCUCCGGUUCUUCACCGCGAACAGACGGCGGCGGGAUUUCCUCUUGUUUCAUCUUCACACGGAACGACGUUAAAUAGGACGUUAUUUGAACGACCUCGUGUUGUUUUAACGGUGUUACCGGACACAUAAUAUUAGAUCCAUUCACGGUGUGACAUUCUCCUGUAACCUUCAGACACCAUUCUGCCAGUGUUCCGGUUCUAGUUUUUUAAACGUUCCCAGACAAGUGUUCCCCAAGGAACACUGCAGUGUCACUGAAAGAACCCCAGAGGAACCCUGGAGAACAUCUAUUAAAAAGCCCUGAUUUAGGUUCUUGUCUCACUGAAAGAACCCCAGAAGAACCCUGGAGAACAUUAAAGAGCCCUGAUUUAGGUUCUCGUCUCACUGAAAGAACCGCAGAGGAACCCUGAAGAACAUCUAUUAAAGAACCCUGAUUUGGGUCCCUGAGUUUACUGAAAGGACCUCAGAGGAAACAAGGAAAAUAGCAAUGAUUCCACAACAUCUACUGAGCCAAUUUAAUACAUUAUUUUUAAGCUUUAGAUGGAAAUGUUACUUUAAACUAAACAGCGAUGAUUUCAGAAUCUAAGAGAACAUCCUGAGAACAGUGUUUAAACUGUAAUUCAUUCAUUUAGUGAGAAGAAUACAAUCAGAACCCUAAAGUCAAGCAAUGAGUCACUAUUAAGCUGUGCCAGAAGCAGUGACAUCAUCUGUUCAUCAACUACAUCACCAUUAUGAAGUCAUCAGCGGUCUGAUUUCACCAUGUGACUCCAAAGUUUAGAUGUUCUCCUGUCACGAUUGUCACGUGAUCAAUAGGACGGUCCGAAGCUUCUUGAUCAAUUGUGUCUCCUCUCUCGGGUUCAUCGUUAAAUUUCUUUGGACCCUGACGACCUCUGGAGUCCUUCGUCGUGCUACUAUGAGCUAGCAGCACGUUGGAAUCUUAGUUGUCUGUUAAAGGACCUUCAAUGGUGGACUACUGCUCCCGGCUGCGUUAGCGCAGUGACAUGGCAACGAUUCCUCCGAGAUAACGCUACAACGAGGAGGCCGCCCGCAUCCUAUUACUUCCUGGUUUGAGACCAGAAGACCUUGAGUCUCUGUCUGACGCCUCCAUGUCGGACAAGACGGCGCCGCGCUGCCAGCUGAGGCUGGAGUGGAUCCACGGUUACCGAGGACACCAAUGUCGUAACAACCUGUACUACACCGCUGGGAAGGAGGUGGUUUACUUCGUGGCUGGAGUGGGUGUGGUCUACAACACCCGAGAACACACCCAGAAGUUCUACUUGGGACACAACGAUGACAUCAUCAGUCUGGCGAUCCAUCCAGAUAAGGUCCAGGUGGCCACGGGUCAGGUGGGUAAAGACCCAUUCAUCUGUAUUUGGGACACCUACUCCAUGCAGACCGUGUCUAUCCUGAGGGACGUCCACACACACGGAGUGGCCUGUUUGGCUUUCGACUCUGACGGACAGCGGAUUGUGUCUGUUGGUCUGGACGCUAAAAACACAUUGUGUGUCUGGGAUUGGAGGAGAGGACGAGUCAUCGCCAUGGCAACCGGACACUCAGACAGAAUCUUUGACGUGGCCUGGGACACGUCUCAGUCCAGCCGGCUGGUGAGCUGUGGAGUCAAACACAUCAAGUUCUGGACUCUGUGUGGGAACGCUGUGACUCCAAAGAGAGGCGUGUUCGGGAAGGCGGGCGACCUGCAGACCAUCCUGUGUGUUUCCACGGCCAAGGAGGAGCUGACCUACUCGGGCGCUCUGAACGGAGACGUGUACGUGUGGAGAGGAGUGUCUCUCAUCAGGACCGUCCAGGCUGCACACGGGGCGGGGAUCUUCAGCAUGCACUCCUGUGAGGAAGGAUUCGCCACGGGAGGACGGGACGGAUGCAUCCGUCUGUGGGACGUUGACUUCAAACCCAUCACAAAGAUCGACCUGAGGGAGGCGGAGCAAGGCUACAAAGGUCUGUCCAUCCGCAGUGUUUGCUGGAAGGCUGACCGGAUCCUGGCGGGGACGCAGGACAGCGAGAUCUUUGAGGUGAUGGUGCGAGAGCGCGACAAGCCAGUGCUGCUGAUGCAGGGUCACAGCGAGGGGGAGCUGUGGUCGCUGGACCUGCACCCUAAACAGCCGGUGGCCGUCACAGGGAGCGACGACCGCUCCGUCAGGCUGUGGAGUCUCCCCGACCACACGCUCCUGGCUCGCUGUAACAUGGAGGAAUCGGUCCGCAGCGUUUCCUUCAACAAUGACGGCUCUCAGCUGGCUCUGGGCAUGAAGGACGGAUCAUUCACCGUGCUGCGUGUCAGGGACAUGACAGAGGUUGUGCACAUCAAGGACAGGAAGGAAGUGAUACAUGAGCUGAAGUUUUCACCCGACGGUUCCUUCCUCGCGGUGGGAUCAAACGAUGGGAUGGUGGACAUCUACGCCGUCGCUCAGCGUUACAAGAAGGUGGGCGAGUGCAGUCGCUCCGCCUCCUUCAUCACCCACCUGGACUGGUCUGUGGACAGCCGCUUCCUGCAGACCAACGACGGCGCUGGAGAGCGGCUCUUCUACCGGAUGCCAGUGGGCAAACUGGUUUCUAAAGAGGAAGCGAAGGGAAUCCACUGGAUGACCUGGACAGGCAUCAUCGGUCCAGAGGUGAACGGCAUCUGGCCCAAAUACUCCAACGUCACCAACGUGAACUCCGUGGAUGCCAACUACAGCAGUGCCGUGCUGGUGACUGGAGACGACCUUGGCCUCCUCAAACUCUUCAGAUUCCCCUGCGUCAAGAAAGGCGCCAAAUUCAAGAAGUACAUCGGCCACUCCGCCCACGUUACAAAUGUCCGUUGGUCCAACGACCUGCAGUGGGUCGUCAGCACCGGCGGCGCCGACCACGCCGUCUUCCAGUGGAGGUUCCUGCCCGAGGGCGUGAUGAAUGGCGUCUUGGAGCCCCUCCUCCAAGAGGGCUACGCCGACUCCAACAGCGGGGAGUCAGACUCCGACGUGUCGGACGUCCCGGAGCUCGACUCGGACAUCGAACAGGAAGCUCAGACCAGCUACGAGCGUCAGGUGUAUAAGGAGGACCUGCCUCAGCUGAGGAACAAGCUGAUUGGCUCCCUGAAGCGGCAGAAAGCUCCGGAGGAGGGGCUUCGCCUGCAGUUUGUUCACGGGUAUCGGGGCUUCGACUGUCGUAACAACCUCUUCUACAGCCAGGCGGGGGAGGUGGUGUACCACGUGGCCGCCGUCGCCGUCGUCUACAACCGGCUGCAGCACAGCCAGAGGUUUUACCUCGGCCAUGACGACGACAUCCUCAGCCUCACCGCGCACCCGCUCAAAGACUACGUGGCCUCCGCACAGGUGGGCAGAGACCCGGCCAUCCACGUGUGGGACAUCCAGACUCUGAAAUGUCUGUCUCUGUUGAAGGGACACCACAGCAGAGGAGUGUGUGCCCUGGAGUUCACAGCGGACGGGAAGAGUUUGGUCUCGGUUGGUAUUGAUGAAUUUCACUCCAUCGUCAUCUGGGACUGGAAGAAAGGAGAGAGACUGGCGAAGGCCAGGGGUCAUAAAGACAAAACCUUCGUGGUGAAGAGUAACCCGUUCAGGAUGGACAAGCUGGUGACCGUCGGCAUGAAGCACAUCAAGUUCUGGCAACAUUCAGGCGGCGGCCUGACCUUCAAACGGGGGAUUUUCGGGAACCUGGCGAAGCAGGAGACGAUGAUGUCGGCGUGUUAUGGUCGCUCAGAGGACCUGGUCUUCUCCGGAGCCACAAACGGAGACGUCUACAUCUGGAGGGACACCACGCUCAUCAAGACCAUCAAGGCCCAUGACGGACCAGUGUUCGCCAUGUGCUCCCUGGACAAGGGCUUCGUGACAGGGGGGAAGGACGGCGUGGUGGAGCUCUGGGACGACAUGUUCGAGAGGUGUUUAAAGACGUACGCCAUCAAGAGGGCCGCUCUGUCUCCGUCCUCUAAAGGUCUGCUGCUGGAGGACAACCCGUCCAUCAGAGCCAUCACUCUGGGUCACGGUCACAUCCUGCUGGGGACCAAGAACGGAGAAAUCCUCGAGAUCGACAAGAGCGGACCGAUGACGCUGCUGGUUCAGGGUCACAUGGAGGGAGAGGUUUGGGGUUUGGCGGCUCAUCCUCUACUUCCUGUCUGCGCUACCGUCAGUGACGACAAAACUCUGAGGAUCUGGGAGCUGUCGGCAAAUCACCGAAUGGUCGCUGUCCGCAAACUCAAGAAAGGUGGGCGCUGCUGUGCCUUCUCCCCUGACGGUAAGGCUCUGGCGGUGGGCCUGAACGACGGCAGCUUCCUGGUGGUGAACGCCGACACGCUGGAGGACAUGGUGACCUUCCACCACCGCAGAGAGCUCAUCUCAGACGUUCGCUUCUCCCAAGAAGCUGGAAAGUACCUGGCGGUGGCCUCCCAUGAUUCCUUUGUGGACAUCUACAACGUGUUGACCAGCAAGAGGGUCGGCGUCUGUAAAGGAGCCGGGAGCUUCGUCACUCACAUCGACUGGGACUCUCGAGGUAAACUGCUGCAGGUGAACACCGGAGCCAAAGAGCAGCUCUUCUUUGAGGCCCCGCGAGGACGCAAACAGAACAUGAGCGAGCUGGAGUUUGAGAAGCUGGACUGGGCGAGCUGGACGUCCGUUCUGGGUCCGACCUGCGAGGGAAUAUGGCCGCCGCUCAGCUGUGUUCACGCCACUUCGCUCACCAGAGACCGCAAGCUGCUCGCCACCGGAGACGACUUCGGCUUCCUCAAACUGUUCAGCUUCCCGUCCAGGGGCCAGUUCGCCAGGUUUAAAAAGUACGUGGCUCACAGCACCAACGUGACCAACGUCCGCUGGUCCCACGACGACGGCGCGCUGCUGUCGGUGGGCGGCGCCGACACGGCGCUGAUGAUCUGGACACGAGAGCCGGCGGGUCACAGAGAGAGCAAAGCCGUGGACAGCGAGGAGUCGGACGACGACACGGAGGAGGACGGAGGGUACGACAGCGACGUGGCCCGCGAGAAGGGGGUGGACUACGUCACCAAGAUCUACUCUGCCAGCAUCAGGAACAUGUCAGGAACCAGACCUCACCUGCAGCUCAAAGAGCUUCCUGUGGAAGAGAGGCCCCCUGUGAGUCGAGCGGCUCCGCUGCCUGACAAACUGCUUAAGAACAACGUGACCAAGAAGAAGAAGGUGGUGGAGGAAUUGGUGUUGGAGCACGUUUUCGGCUACAGAGGCUUCGACUGUCGCAACAACCUGCACUACCUCAAUGACGGCAACGACAUCAUCUUCCACACAGCUGCUGCCGUGGUCCUGCAGAACCUGUCGGCUGGAACACAGAGUUUCUACCUGGAGCACACGGACGACAUCCUGUGUCUGACCGUCAAUCAACACCCAAAGUACCAGAACAUCAUCGCUACGGGUCAGAUCGGUGACAUGGCUGACCUGCCAGGCCUCGCACCUUCCAUUCAUGUUUGGGAUGCCAUGAGCAAGCAGACGUUGUCCAUCCUCCGGUGUUCCCACGCUAAAGGUGUCGGCUACGUCAACUUCAGCGCCACAGGAAAGCUGCUGCUGUCGGUGGGAGUGGAGCCUGAGCACACCAUCACAGUGUGGAGGUGGCAAGAAGGCACCAAGGUGACCUGUAAAGGUGGCCACGCUGAGCGCAUCUUCGUGGUGGAGUUCAGACCGGACUCUGACACUCAGUUUGUGUCGGUGGGAAUCAAACACAUCAAGUUCUGGACUCUGGUUGGAGGUUCACUGGUGUACAAGAAAGGAGUGAUCGGCUCGGUGGAGGACGGCCGCAUGCAGACCAUGUUGUCUGUGGCCUUUGGUGCCAGCAACCUGACGUUCACCGGAGCAAUAAAUGGAGACGUCUACGUCUGGAGGGAGCACUUCCUGGUCCGAGUGGUGGCCAAGGCCCACAGCGGCCCGGUCUUCACCAUGUACACCACCCUGAGGGACGGACUCAUCGUCACCGGAGGGAAGGAACGCCCGACCAAAGAGGGCGGUGCUGUGAAGCUGUGGGAUCAGGAGAUGAAGCGCUGCAGGGCGUUUCAGCUGGAGACCGGCCAGCCGGUGGAGAACGUCCGAUCCGUCUGCAGAGGGAAAGGUAAAAUCCUGGUGGGCACCAAAGAUGGCGAGAUCAUAGAGGUCGGAGAGAAGAACGCUGCCUCCAACACCAUGAUCAACGGACACACUCAGGGAGGCAUCUGGGGUCUGGCAACUCAUCCUUUCAAAGACGUCUUCAUCUCCGCCAGCGAUGACGGGACCAUCCGAAUAUGGGACCUGGCUGAUAAGAAACUUCUGAACAAGGUGAGUUUGGGCCAUCCUGCCAAGUGCACCUGCUACAGUCCCAACGGAGAGAUGGUUUCUAUCGGAAUGGAGAACGGAGAGUUCAUAGUCCUGCUAGUCAACUCGCUGAGUGUCUGGGGCAAGAAGAGAGACCGCAGCAUCGCCAUCCGGGACAUACGGUUCAGUCCGGACAAUCGAUUCCUGGCAGUGGCUUCGGUGGAGAGUGCUGUGGAUUUCUACGACCUUUCUUUUGGACCGUCCCUCAACAGGAUUGGCUACUGUAAGGACAUCCCUGGCUCUGUCAUCCAGAUUGACUUCUCUGCUGACAGCAAACAUAUCCAGGUGUCCACCAACACCUACACUCGGCAAGUGCAUGAAGUUCCCUCAGGAAAGCUUGUCACAGAGCAGACUGUAUUUGAGAGGAUCACCUGGGCUACCUGGACCAGCAUCCUCGGUGACGAGGUCCUCGGAGUCUGGCCCCGUAACGCAGAGAAGGCGGACGUCAACUGUGCUUGUGUUUCCCUCGCCGGCCUCAACCUGGUGACCGGAGACGACUUCGGCCUCAUCAAGCUCUUCGACUUUCCCUGCUCUGAAAAAUUUGCGAAACACAAGCGCUACUUCGGUCACUCCGCCCACGUCACAAACAUCCGCUUCUCCUGCGACGACAAGUUCGUCAUCAGCGCCGGAGGCAGCGACUGCAGUUUAUUUGUGUGGAAAUGUCAGUGAGGAGAAACCCAACCAAGAACCUGAGUCCUCCAUCAGAGAUCUUCCUCCUCCUCCACCUGUGAUGCUGCAGUCUGAUGACUCUUCAUCCUCCUCUUCCUCCUCCUCCACCUGUGAUGCUGCAGUCUGAUGACUCUUCAUCCUCCUCUUCCUCUUCUUCCACCUGUGAUGCUGCAGUCUGAUGACUCUUCAUCCUCCUCUUCCUCUUCUUCCACCUGUGAUGCUGCAGUCUGAUGACUCUUCAUCCUCCUCUUCCUCUUCUUCCUCCUGUGAUGCUGCAGUCUGAAGACUCUUCAUCCUCUUUAACGGAGGCCAGACGUGAGGUCUGGGCCCCUGGUGGUUCUGUACGGUGCUGUUCUACCCUGACGUGCUUCUUCUCGUUGUGAAGGGUUCUUGUCUCAGACGUUUGUGUCGUAGCUGUUUUUGUGCCUUCUUCACAAACUCCGACCAAACCUUUGAUAACCUUAUUGAUGACCCCGGUGCUAUGAAACCUGAUCGUUGAGGGCUUUUUACUGAUAUUGAUUAUGAUUCUGUUUUUUAUGUUGUAUGUUGAUGAAGUUCUAUUUUACUGACAUGAAAUAGAUUGAAUAGAACAAAGAUGAAAAAAAGAAUUCUACCUCAAAAUACAACUAAGUAAAACUUAAUGUUAGUAAAUAAUAACUAAGGUACAAAAUCACAAUUACUGGUGGCACUGAGUUUUCUCUGAGAACCAUGUUCUUUAGCGAGUAAAUCUUCAUGGAUGUGGUCCGGAUGGGACAUUUUACAUGGAACCCGUGUAACACAACAACAAUAUACAUUUUAUUCUUGUGUCAAAAUGUUUUCAGUGAAGUUAAAAGGUUCUAAAUGUAAAAUCCAGCAUGUCGUCUUUUACAUUUAUUUAUAUUUAGAUUAUUCAAAUAUAUUUAAAGAUUAAAAACCCACUUUUUAAAAAGGUUCGGAACCAGGGUUCUAUUCAGAACCAACCUUUUAUUUAAGUGUUCAAUAAAUUAGAGUUAAGACUUGUUCAGUGUCGUCUUAAUAAAUUAUAGCACAAAGUCAAUGUUAGUAAAGGAACAUUGUUCCAUGGAGGGUUCUGUGGAUGCUACAAACAUCACAGACAAACGGUAACCAUAGCAACACGUUAAACAGACGACUUUUUAUUAUAAAAAAAAGAUUCUAAAUGAUAAAAAAUAUAUUAUAUAUCAUAUAUAUUGUAUAUGAAAUAAUAUAUACAUAUUAAAUGGUGCUGGUGGUCGUAUGUGUUUAACAGAACAUAUUUGUUUGGGAAAAUGAUAGAUGUUAGCUGUUGUGUUUUUUUAGACAAUCUGUCAACUUUAAAUGUGACUAAAUACAUAUGAUGCCCUAAAAAAUGCAUUUUACCACAGUAUAUAUAUAUAUAUAUAUUAUAAUUGUAAUUCUGAUUUAGUCAACUUUAUAGAUGAUUACAAUAACUACCGACCGUCGAUCCAGACUGGUUGCCAUGGUAACCAGCAAACUUCAGAAUGACGUAAUGACCAUUGAUCAAUAAACACAACCUGUCAUCUUGA